AUCGGGGCGAAUUAAAUCAAUUAUUCAUUUGUUGUCGAGAGAUUGAAAAACUCUGCUGAAACGUAAACGUAAACGAAAACUUAUUCCAAAUGAUAUCCAAUAAGAGGGUUCCCCAGCCAGGGGUUAAACGGGGCGAACAAAAGGAGGAACUGGUGUCCACGGCCAGGAAACCGGUGACAAUUCAACACUUCUGGCGCAUUGUCUAUUGGGUGAGCAUCUUGUGCAUUUGCGCUGCCAUUUGCUUUGCUCUCUUCUACACCCUUAAGUCGGACUUUGGCCAAUGUUCGGACUACGAUGUCAAAUGCGAGUGAAUUGACCACUUACACAUUCAAUCACACACACACACACACAAGAUGAUACAAUGGCUCUGACAUGUGAUAUAUUAAGAAGUAUAUAUGUAUGAACAUACAUAUAUGUAUACGUUAAUGUCUUUCAUUUGCACUCACAUUUCAAUCAGGGGAAGGAGAAGCUCAAUUAAAACAAAAGCUCAUGGAUUUCUUGUCAUGGGUGGCAUCAGGAGGGGUUGACAAGACACUUUUACAAGACAUUACAUAACUAUCUUUUAAUACUCAAGGGGCCAAAUUUCUAAAAUUAAAACUUGCAAUUAACAAAAACACGUAACAAUAAAUUGGAUUAUCAAGAAGGAUUAACAAAAUUUCUCAGAUUGAACUUUUAUGGGCCAAAAUAAAAUGUUCUUGCAAUAGAAAAAUUGA